AUGGGUGCUUCCGAACGCGCCGAUAUCAAAGAUGAGCGCCACGUGGAAUCUUACGGCGUGCCGCAGCUCACCACCACCACAGAGCGCAAGCUGAUGGCAAAGAUCGACUGGCACAUUUUGCCCGUGCUCUGUGUUCUCUACCUGCUGGCCUUCCUCGACCGGGUCAACAUCAGCAAUGCCGCCCUCUUCCACCUCAAGCAAGAUCUCAACAUCGUUGAUGGAACGAAAUAUAACACGGCGCUGACAAUUUUCUUCGUCCCGUACAUCAUCUUCGAGUGUCCUUCUGGUCUGGUCCAGAGCUGGGGUGGACUGAUGACAACCCGCUUCUUCUUGGGUCUCUUCGAGACGGGCAUGUUUCCGGGAUGUUUCUAUCUUAUGGGCAUGUGGUACAAGAGGAGCGAAGCACAGAAGCGCUUUAGUUUCUUCUUCAGCUCCACCACACUUGCCGGUGCAUUUGGAGGCCUGCUCGCCAGCGGCAUUGGAAAGAUGAACGGGGUUCGAGGCUACAAUGGCUGGCGAUGGGUCUUCAUCAUCGAGGGCCUAUUGACUUGCGUCAUUUCCUUUAUUUGGUUCUUUGCGAUCCCCGACUUCCCCGAGGAAGUUAAGUGGCUCAACGAGGAGGAGCGUGAGUUCAUCAAGGAGAAGCUGGCCAGGGAUGUCGGAAAGUCGGCGCACCACCGAUCUCUUACCUGGCGCGAUGUCAUUGAUGUCUUCAAAGACUACAAGAUUUUUGUAGGCGGUUUAAUGUAUUUUGGUCUCAUCGUCCCUGCAUACGGAUACGCCUACUUCGCUCCCACCAUCAUCAAUUCUUAUGGUUAUGGCGCGAUCACCACGCAAUUGUAUUCGAUCCCACCGUGGGCGGCCGCAUUUGGGUUUUCCAUGUGCAUCGCUUUCUUCUCCGACAAGUUACGGCACCGCUUUGCCUUCACCCUAGUCCCUAUCUGUGUUGCACUCGCCGGCUUUGGGAUGCUGCUCAACAUCCACGGAGUGCAGCACCGUCAUGUUGAGUACGGCGCUCUGUUCCUCGUAACCAGCGGCUGUUAUAGUGCCAUGCCGGUGAUUGUGUGUUGGUUUGCCAUGAACUUGGGUGGGCACAAACGACGAAGCGUUGGGACUGCAUGGCAAGUUGGAUUCGGAAACAUUGGUGGUAUUAUCGCAACCUACUCCUUCCUCCAGAAAGACGCCCCGAACUACCGUAACGGAUACAUCAUCUGCAUCUCCUUCUGCGCUUUGUCAGGCGCUUCGUGCGUCGCUUAUAUGUUGGCUGUCUGGCUGGAGAACCGAAAACGGGAUCGUGAAGUCACGGUUACCCACCCAGACGCUGCCCCAAGCCCCGAAGAGCGGGAGGCGGAGGAAGAGUUUCUGGGAGACUUGGCUCCUAGUUAUCGGUAUACGUAUUGA